GCUCCUGCCCGGGCCGGCCCUCUCUUCCUGCGUGCGUGCGUGGCUUCGGCAAUACAGGGUGCGUGGGGGGGGAGCAAGGCGGCGGCGACGAGGGUUUUGCUGCUCCCACACCGCGCGCAGCGGCGACGCCACCGCAGCUCCUCGCUGCCCCGGAUCGAGGAGGAGGAGGAGGCGGCGGCGCCUGUGGUGGCUGCGGCAGCGGCGGGAGCGGGAGCGCCAUGAGGGGCGGCGGCCGUGGCGGCGGCGGGAGGCAGCCCUAUCCGGCGCCGGACGGGGUGGAUGCGGCGGCGAUCCCGGCCGCCUCCAGGAAGAUGGUGCAGAGCCUCAAGGGGAUCCUUGCCGACCGCUCCGAAGGCGAGAUCUACGCCACGCUCUGCGACUGCGGCAUGGACCCCGACAUCGCCGUCGAGAGGCUCAUCUCCCAAGAUACUUUUCAUGAAGUGAGGAGAAAGCGGGACAAGAAAAAGGAGACUAAAGCUUCUCAGGAAUCAAGACCUCGCUCAUUCCAGAAACCUAUGUAUCGCGGGUAUAAGGCUGGUUCUGAUCGAAGUGGGAGAGACUCAAUGGGCGUUUUCAAAGGCCCUAUCAAGAAAGAACCAGAGCUACAUGCCCCACUUAACUCAUCAGCCUUGGAUGUCAAGACAAGCAAUCAUACAGAAGCUAUUUCUGCUACAGGCAAUGUUGCCCAAGCUGAUGCAAAGAACACUCAGCCUCCAUCUCAAGUGCAGCAUGGUUGGGGUGGUAUUCCAGGUCGCCCUUCCAUGGCUGAAAUAGUGAAGAUGGGCAGGCCUCAAGCUAAAGUUGGGAGCAGAUCUGUUGCAAGUAGCACAACCAUGCCAGCUGUUGGUGAUUCAGUCAUUUCCAAUACACCACCCAAGGAAUACAACAGAACUGUUGCGCCGGAAGUAGGCCAUGGCACAGCAGAUAAAUUACCAAAUGGUGCUAUUGAAGUGUACUCUGCACCUAAAGAUGCUUCCUCAGUUGACAUGUUACCUCCAGUUGAUGGAGCAGAUACAACAGCUCCUUCCAAAGUUGAAGAUUCAUCAACUCCGGAUGUCAAUGAAGAUGUCAUUGACAAAGACGCAAAUUUGGAGGAGGGCAAUACAGAAAGUCUGACAAUGUCUGAACAAUUUUCUGCUUCUGGUAAAGAUAAAUCGGAAUAUACUGAAGUUGCCACAUAUCAGGAUUAUGUUUCAAUAGAGAAAACAGAUGACUUUCAUUCCAAUGGCCUUUCAUUUGAGCAUAACCAAAAUUUGAAUAAUGGUAUGUCUGCCACGACGAAACAAUUUGACCAGUUGACGCUGCAUGAGGGACCAAAAUCAUCUGAUGAUAAUCCGGCAGUAAUAAUACCUGAUCAUCUUCAGGUUUCAAAUGUUGACUGCGCACACUUGACAUUUGGUAGUUUUGUGUCUGGUACACUUGAUGCAUCUUUGACCACAAAGCCUCUUGAGUGUCAUGGGGAAGCUGCGACAGUUGCUGAUGAGCAUUCAAUUAACCAGGCAGAUAUCAUAAUGCAUGAGGAUGAAAGCAAGGCGACAGCAACUCCGGCAGCUAAUGAAUAUGUUGCUUCCACGACAAACAGCAACAUGGAGAAUCUUGAUGUUACAUCAUCUGAAGUGACAAGAGCCAAUUUCCUGGAUGUCACAAACGCUACUGAAUAUACCCUGUCAUCAACCUCAGAUUUUGCAACUUCAAGUGCAGCACUGCAAGAUUCUGCUCCACACAGUUAUCUUCAGGAAAACCGACAAUUCCAGAAUGUUUCUCCUCUGUCAAACUUUAUGCAAAUACAAAAUGGUCUCCUGCCACCCGCAAUCCCGCCAUUGCGUGAAUUUGAUCCAGCGUUUUCACUAUUGCUCACUAACCCUCCUAUGAUGCAUGGUACGACGUCAUCGUCCAUGAACAAUGCAACGGUUUCUACGCAGCCCCAGGAGAGUGCCAAUCCAGUUGGGUUACCCAACCCUCAACUGACUCAAUCUCAGCCAAGCACCAGCAUUGCGUCAGGGCCUCCUCUCCCUCAACAUCUUCUUCAUCCCUAUGCUCAAGCAACUCUUCCUCUUGGGUAUGCAAGCAUGAUUGGCUAUCCAUCUCUGCCACCAAGUUAUGCAUAUAUCCAGCCUACUGCUUUUCAGCAACCAUAUAUGAACAAUAUGUUCCACCAAGCAGCCGCUGCAGUUCCCAACUCGAGUGUGAAAUACCCUCUACCACAGUACAAAACUCUAGCUAGCUUACCACAGCCAGGUUCUCUGCUCUCGAGCUAUGUUGGUGGUUUUGGAACUGCAAACAGCAUGCCUGGAAAUUUCCCUGUGAACCAAAGCACAGCAUCAGCGACCACAACUCUUGGGUUCGAUGGAUCAGUGCCUCCGCAGUACAAAGAUGGAAAUCAGUUUAUUUCUCUUCAGCAGCAGAAUGAGAACCCUGCAAUGUGGAUGCAUGGAGCUGGUUCACGAGGAAUGCCCCCACUUGCAGCCAGUACCAUGUAUGGCUAUCAAGGGCAGAGUCACCAGGCUGGGCUUCGGCAGGGCCAGCUACCUUCGCAGUUUGGCACCGCGCUUGGGCAGUCACAGCCUGGCCUGGGCCCAGAACACCGAAACCCCAGUGAUGGCAACCUAAGUGCUGCUGCUCAGGCUAACCCAAUGUGGCCAAAUAGCUACUGAUCGAUCCCUUGUCAACUUUGCUGAAGGCGGUCCUGUUGUGCGCGACGCCAGAGAUGGCAUCCAAUGGCUUUUGGCCUGAUCCAGGCAGAUGGAUAGCAGCUGUGUACAUGAGUUGCUAUCGGGACAUUUUGAGAGGCCCGAGAGAUAUAUGUUCGAAACUUAUAGCGUUUCUAGGAUAUGGGCAAGGUUGUAGUUCGAUCUAUUUAUUGAAAUUCUGAUAGAAAGGAAUCGUUUUUUCUAUUUUAUUUUUUUUCCUUUUUGCGGUUUACAUAUCUUGUGACAAUAAUCCUGAAAUAUCUAACACAGCAGCACCAUUAAUUUU